AUGCACACUCGGCACACGGCCGGAGGAAGCACAGAAACAUCGCCCAGAUCCCUGGAGAGCUUCCACUUCCCUGCUGGCUCGGCCUCCGUGCACCUCCCUUUUAUUCCCAGCACGGGAAGGGGAAGCACCCCCCCGGGACAGCCCGAUCCCGGCGGGAGAUUUACCCGAUCCGUGUGGCAGAUUUACCCGAUCCGCUGGGCAGCCCCGCACGGCCGUUCCUGCCUCCCUCCCGCACGCAGCUCCUCUCCCACCGGGAUCCUGCUCUCGGCGUGUGGCUCACUUCUCUUCCGCGAAUUUCUCUCCUCCCUCUCGGGCGCUGAGGGUGGGAUUAAAGGCACCAAAGACCAAACAUGUGACCCCGCCAGCACACAGCUGCUCAAGGAAGGAGAGGAAGGGGAGAUGGCCGGAGCGGGUCACCGCACGCCAGGAAGGGGGCGGUUCCUGAAGGCAGGUUCAGGAGUAAAUCCCGAGCCCCAGGAGUCCCCCCGGGGUGGGGGCGGCUGCGCAGCCGGAGCUCCUCGUUCCUUCCUCCUUCGGAAGCGGUGGGACAGCCUCAGCUGUCCCCCAGCCCUCUCCAGCCGCCGUGUCACUUCUGCUCGGUGUCCCCUCUGCCCGAUGUCACUUCUGCCGGGUGUCCCCCCAGCUCCCGCGCCUCUGGGGCACUGCCCUCCCCCGCUGAGAUCUGCUGGAUGCUCCGGACCCUUCGCCUCACUCCCGAGAGAGGAAGGUCACCGGGGCCCCGCAAACUCGAGCAGAAAGUGUCAUAGAGUCACCAGCAGGUUCUUAAUGUGCGUGUCACCCGUGACAGGCAAAAGCUGUCCCACACCUAGGACAUUUUGUUGCAGAGACAACAUGGGAGAAGGAGGGAAAGAACCCUCCUUACAGGGGAACAGUAAUGCUCAAAAUAAACAACACAAUCAUGCACCACAGUUGGGUCCCUGUAGUGACUUCCUUGAAACAGUUUCUGUUAGAUCCAAAAUACUGCAGGAGAGGAGUCACAAGCAAGGGAUCGUGAUUCUGGGGCCGUGA